GUACUUUAGUCGGCAUGAGACCGUAAACCCUAAACAUCUUUUUUUGGCCGUCUUUAGAUCUACUCAUUAACGGAAGGGCAGCGUUCGCAGGUGGAUCGUUUCAGUCUGGAAUCAGAAUUGAUCGUGUGUGGCAGAAGCAACAUGUGGCGGAGUUUGGUACUUUUGCUUGCUUUGAGCAUUGCAGAUUUGAGCGCGAGACGUGUCCCGGAAAAUACUUUGCGUGCUCCGCCUAAUAUGCAUUAUUGGAAGAAUCGGCGUGAUUACUCAUCGAUUCCGCUAAGACGAUACGUGGAUCAUAAUAACGGUGAUGAAUGCAAAUGUAUCAACCAAUUGCGCCUUUUAAGGAAUCCAAAAGUGAGAGCGGUAAUUAGAAGAAGUGACAUUACAGCUGCAGAAUCUGAAGAAAUGAUUGAAAACUAUAUCGAAGACUAUUUGCUUCGAUUGUACUUGAAUCGAGAUUUUGUCCGACCACCACCCUUCAAAAAGAGCGCCAAAGCCAAAUCGCGCACAGAGAAACAAGUUCAACGACUGCCGGCUUUCCAGCAUGAAAAAGCCGAAUAUUCCGAUGAGGAAAAUUUCAGGAUGUCACAUAACAGUCGAUUCUACAGCCAAGAACCUGUCCCGGGUCAGCUUUUGUAUCCACCAGUGUCUCCGAAAUUCCAGCCAAUGGCAAAAUCGUAUGUCAAUCCAUAUGUUAGUGGUAUGACGAAACCCCGGUACGUUUCGUCCAUGCUGAUUCCCCAUUUCCUGAAUCAAACUAUUGCGAAACCGAACGAAACGGUGCGAAACAUUCUACGAUUAAACUCAUCGGAAACGGAAAACCAUUCUGUGGCGCCCAAACGAAUUCGGUAUGGUAAAAAUUCGGGUUAUAUAAACAUGCAGAGCUACAAUAAAAGUGAGACUGUUUCAGUGUAGUAGUAUA